AUGUAUCACUGUGAUAUAACUUGGUACACCCCCGAGCCCUUGGAAGACCAGCAAAAACUUGAACACGGAUCACAAUACCUGCAACUACGUCGACAAUCACGAGAACAAGAGGCCGUCUCCGCAGACACGAGGACGCACAGCCACCGGCCUGCGCAGCAUCAGCAGCAGCAAAGUCAACACGAUCAACUCAGCUUCGUGAAGCUUUUGUUUGUCAGACACCUUCAGGCAUCACAUCAUCGGGACGGCAACCACAUUAGCGAACACACGUGCAGCCAGCUGAGGUCGAGCCCGCGCCCAGGGGUUCUCACACCCAGUCAACGAACUCUGUUAUCGCGUCUCCCAACCGCAUCGUCGGUAUCACAAUCUUACCAAGUCGGCCCUAGCAGCGCCACGCCGACACGACCCUGCGUAUCAUCAUCACGUCGCCCCUUUGGCCCUUUUGGGUAG